AUGCCAGAAACUAUGACUGAAAAUGAAAAUAUUUUAAGUCUUAUUUCAAUUGAAGUACUUAUAAGUCAAGUUAAUAUUGAUCUUAAUAUUGAAUGUCAUUUGCCAUGUAUAGUUUUUCGUUUGCUUGACUAUCCAGCUGUAUUAAUACCAUAUUUUGAUCAAUGGCAAAUUGAUGAAUUUCAUAAUUUAAAACGUGACUAUCCUAAUUUAUCAUGGCGUCAAUUACUUUCAGAUCAAUUUUAUGAACUUCGUGGGGCUAAUGGAAACUUUAAUUUUAAACGUGGAAAAUCAUGUUUAUUUAAAACUUACUUUAAAACAUUAUAUACACAUUUAUUAAAUGUUCCACUUUUUCUUUUACUUAUUGAUCAAAUUAAUGAUAAAGGUAUGAAUGAUAAUACAACACAAUUUAUUGGUAGUUGUAAUAUUAAAUUAAAUGAAUUAAUUGAAAUAUUAAAUCAAUCAAUUAUUAAAAAUGGUUAUGAUAUACCACUUGUUGAACAACAAACAUUUCAUUGUACACUUUUUAAUUUAAUGGGAACACGUAUUGGUACUUGUGAUGCUGCUGUUCGUUUUUGUCAUUAUGGAACAACCAUUUUAACACAUUUACCUAUGCUUGAUGAUGCAGUUGUUAUAACAAAAACAGAUAAAGAAGUUCCCACAACGACUAAAAAACAAGUUACUGAAUUAUUAGCACCACAUCCAUCAGCACUACUACCACCACCACCGCCAGCAGCAGAUACAAUUGUUAAACAUAUUCAUUUUGUUAAUGAAAAGAAAGAUGUUGGUUUACAGUUAUCACGUAGUGAUCUUCCAUCAUCAUCAAAUAAUAAUAAAUCAGCUCAAACACGUUGGACAAGUACAAAAUCUCAUCCAACAGGAUAUCAUCAUUCAAAAGGUCGAUAUUUACGUACAAUUGAAGAUCCGUCACUUGAUGAUCCAUUAAUUGCUUCUUAUCAGCCACCACCACUUUAUUUUAAUUCAAAUUCUGACUUUCUUCAAAUGAUGACACCAGUCAACGCUAAAUAUAUGGAUGAAGCAAAGGAGAAUCGUUUAUCUUAUCUUGCAUCAAUUCCUAUCGCUAGUUUUAAUGAUGAAUUUGAUGUUGAUGAUGAAAAUGAAGAUAUUAAUAAUAAACAGCAACAACGAAAAUUAAAAUCUGCACAUAGUGUUCGUUUUAAUUUAUCAUCAUCAUCACCACCACCGCCAUCAGUGGUUUCUCCUCAAAGAAAAAUAAUAGCGAAAAAACAAUUAUUAACAAAGGACUUUCUACAUAAUUUUCCACUUCUUCGUGCAUUAGUUGAAGAAGCUUUAGCCUUACAAGAACAUCAACAAAAUCUACCCAUAUCAAUUAAAGAUACUCAUUUAACUGAACGAUCACAUUCAGCUGAACAAAAAGAACAAGAAAAAUUAAAACGAACUCCAAUACGACCUAAAUCAGCAACAAAUAUUCGUUCUGUUCGAACAAAAUCUGUUAUUGUAACAAGAAAUAUUAAAAAUACUCGUCAACUUUAUCCACCAUCACCAGACACACGACAAAUGGUAGUUACAAAAACUGAUGUACGAAAUUUAGUUGAUCGUCUUUCCAAACCAAAAUUUAAUAAACGACUUGAACGAGAAAUUGCUUUAGCUAAACAGAUGACAACAAUCGAAGAAACUGUUUCGACUCCUCGUCUUCCACCAAAGCCAACAUCCGUUCAACCGAUCACUACUUAUAAGAAUAUUGUCGUACAAAAACCACCACUUUCUUAUGGUACUACACGUGCCCAUCGAUUGUAUGCUGAAUUUUCUCGAGCUCGUCGUGCUGCAUAUGAAAUUCAAACGACCACACCACCGAAGUCUCCAAUAUCACCACGAAAAGAAUCAUCAUCAAAUGGCCGUAUUCUUCCACCAUCACCUCAAUUACUUAAUACGGGCACACUCUCACAUUUUUCUCUUCUUAAUAAAGUUGAUAUCGAUAGUGCAACUAUAGAUAGAAAUAGUAUACAACAAUCAUCAUUAGAACAAAUGCAGCAAAAAACUGGGCCAACUAUGAAGUCAUCAUCAACAACAAGUCAAGAUGCAUCAAAAGAAUUAAGUCAAUCCUCAUCAUCAUCAUCAUCAACACCAACAGCUGAACCAACAAUGCCUGAACAAGAACGACCAAAUAAUGGACAAUAUGAUUUAGGAUUUUCAAUUACUGAUGUUACUGAUUAUUUCACUGAUGGUGGUAAUGACUCAAGUACUCGACCAUCAACAAGACAAUCUACAUGA